AUGGAAAAACUGCUUUUGUUUCUGCUGUUCAUUGGCAUAGUGGUGCGAGCUCAGAUCUGCCCCAAGCGCUGCGUCUGUCAGAUCUUGUCUCCCAACCUCGCCACCCUCUGUGCCAAGAAAGGGCUCUUGUUUGUUCCUCCCAACAUUGACAGGAGGACUGUGGAGCUGCGACUGGCAGACAACUUUGUUACAAACAUUAAAAGGAAAGACUUUGCCAACAUGACCAGCCUGGUGGAUCUGACGCUGUCCCGGAAUACAAUCAGUUUUAUCACACCUCACGCAUUUGCUGACCUGCGUAAUUUGCGGGCUCUGCACUUGAACAGCAACCGAUUGACUAAGAUCACUAAUGACAUGUUCAGUGGGCUCUCCAAUCUCCACCACUUGAUCCUGAACAACAACCAGCUGACUUUAAUUUCUUCCACAGCUUUUGAUGAUGUUUUAGCUCUCGAGGAAUUGGAUUUGUCUUACAACAAUCUGGAAACUAUCCCCUGGGACGCGGUGGAGAAGAUGGUCAGUUUGCACACUCUCAGUCUAGACCACAACAUGAUUGACCAUAUCCCUAAGGGGACCUUCUCCCAUCUCCACAAGAUGACCAGGCUGGACGUCACGUCUAACAAACUGCAGAAGCUACCGCCUGAUCCACUCUUCCAGCGUGCUCAGGUGCUGGCAACCUCAGGAAUUAUCAGCCCCUCAACGUUUGCGCUGAGCUUUGGUGGGAAUCCCUUGCAUUGCAACUGUGAGCUUUUGUGGCUGAGGCGCCUUUCCAGGGAGGACGACCUGGAGACCUGUGCCUCUCCCACGCUUCUGUCUGGCCGGUACUUCUGGUCGAUCCCUGAGGAGGAGUUCCUGUGCGAGCCUCCACUCAUCACCCGACACACCCACGAGCUGCGGGUGCUGGAGGGGCAGCGGGCAGCCCUGCGCUGCAAGGCCCGGGGCGACCCCGAGCCAGCCAUUCAUUGGAUUUCACCCGAGGGCAAACUGAUUUCCAAUGCGACCAGGUCUGUGGUGUACGACAAUGGGACGCUCGACAUCCUUAUCACAACGGUGAAGGACACAGGCUCCUUCACCUGCAUUGCUUCCAACCCGGCAGGGGAAGCUACACAGACAGUGGACCUGCACAUCAUAAAACUCCCCCACUUGCUGAACAGCACAAACCACAUCCACGAGCCUGACCCGGGCUCCUCGGAUAUCUCCACGUCCACCAAGUCAGGCUCCAACACGAGCAGUAGCAAUGGGGAUACUAAAGUCAGCCAGGAUAAGAAGGUGGUCGUUGCAGAAGCAACAUCCUCCACCGUUCUGCUGAAAUUCAAUUUUCAGAGGAAUAUACCUGGGAUACGUAUGUUCCAAAUCCAGUACAAUGGUACUUAUGAUGACUCCCUUGUUUACAGAAUGAUACCUCCCACAAGCAAAACCUUUCUGGUCAACAACCUGGCUGCAGGGACGAUGUACGACUUGUGCGUCCUGGCCAUCUAUGACGAUGGGAUCACCUCGCUGACAGCCACCAGAGUUGUGGGCUGCACGCAGUUCACCACGGAGCAGGAUUAUGUGCGCUGCCACUUCAUGCAGUCCCAGUUCCUGGGUGGGACCAUGAUUAUCAUCAUCGGUGGGAUCAUCGUGGCCUCUGUGCUUGUGUUCAUCAUCAUCCUCAUGAUCCGCUACAAGGUGUGUAACAACAACGGGCAGCAGAAGGCCACCAAGGUCAGCAACGUGUACUCGCAGACCAACGGGGCUCAGAUCCAGGGCUGCAGCGGGAUGCUGUCGCAGUCCAUGUCCAAGCAGGCUGUCGGUCACGAGGAGGGCAUCCAGUGUUGCAAGGCUGCCAGCGACUACACCAGCCCCAGCCAGGACUCAGCCACCACUACCUCCGCUUUGCCUCCCACCUGGACUUCCAGCACUUCCCUCUCACAGAAGCAGAAGCGCAAGUCGGG